UUUUCUCAGCAACGAAUCAAAAGGACUCAGAUUCUCUAAAGAAAUGGGGGACUGGUCCAUCCUUGGUCGUUUCCUUACAGAAGUUCAAAACCAUUCCACGGUUAUUGGAAAGAUUUGGCUGACGAUGCUGCUCAUCUUCCGCAUCAUGCUCGUGGCCCUGGUGGGGGAUGCCGUGUACAGCGAUGAACAGUCCAAGUUCACCUGCAACACCCUGCAGCCCGGCUGCAACAACGUCUGCUACGACACGUUUGCUCCCGUCUCCCACCUGCGCUUUUGGGUCUUCCAGAUCGUUCUGGUCUCCACGCCUUCCAUUUUCUACAUCGUCUACGUCCUGCAAAAAGUCUCCAAGAAGGAAAGCUCAGAGGUCAGGAAAGUGAAUGCCGUGCCCAAGGCCUCRUCUCUGCUUGAAAGGCCGAGGCAUUUAAGAGUGGAGAAAGAGACGGUCCUGGAAGCUGGCAGUUCGUAUGACACCGCUUUCACAAAUGAGGACUGGAGCUCACAGGAAAGUGAAUACGAGGAGAGGAACCAGCUGGAUGGAGAGAUUAGAGAAGUGGGUGAGGAUCCAACUCAUCUUUCAAGUAAAGUGUUGCUUAUCUACAUUGUCCAUGUUGUGCUGCGCUCCAUCAUGGAGAUAAUAUUCCUGAUUGGGCAGUACUACCUUUUUGGAUUCGAAGUUCCACACCUGUUCCACUGCGAGACCUACCCUUGUCCGAACAGGACCGACUGCUUUGUGUCUCGAGCAACAGAGAAGACCAUCUUCCUGAACUUCAUGUUCAGCGUCAGCCUCGGCUGCUUCAUCCUGAAUAUCGUGGAGCUGCACUAUCUGGGCUGGAUUUAUAUAUUCCGAGUGCURUUCUCCGCAUUCUGCCUGUGCUGCGAGUCGAACAGAGAGCCCAUGCAGCAGGUGGAGUUGUAUUCCUACAGUAACCCACUGCUGCUCGAGCUCAAACAUUCCUUGCGUGGGAGAGUUGUCCUGCAGACGGCUGCGGCCAUGUCCCGGGACAGGAGCGGCGGGGUCCCGAACCAGGUCCCGGCCAUCUCCUUUGAGACAGACUCGACUUUGGAGUGCACCUCGAAGAGAACUUCUGACGAACGGGAUCGCAGCAAAACAAGACCACACAACGUUGCCAAAAUAGGACGAGGUAAAAAAUCUUGGCUGUGA